AUGUGUUCGUGCGGAGCCCAUUUUGGCCGCAGUUCUGUGAUGCACCAACUCGGAGAGGUCGACGAAACCAGUCGUUCUGCCAACCGGACGGCUCGGUCUGGAUGCCCAGACGUCGCCGUCUAUCUCUGCUCUGAUUGGCCAGUUCAACGGCCCCGAUUGCCUGCAGCCAGCCAAUCAGACGAGCGAGCAGCGGUCAGACAGGCCUGA